CCUCGUCCUGGCGAGUGGGCGUCCCCUCAGCAAAGCCACGCACGCGCGCCCAUGCUCCGUCAGCGUGUGGGCGCGUGCUCGUCGGGAAGCCGGGACAUGACCGGGACGUGAGGCGGAAACGCGCGAGCCGCCGCCGUUUUCUUGUUCGUGCACGAGGACAGCCUGAAGGAGUCCACAGGUAGGAGCCAAGCCGUGGCCCGCGGACCAGCACAAGUACCGGACUACACGGUUCUAAGUUCAAAGCGAGCCGACGCGGUGAAGAAACGGAAACCGGAGCGUUUUCUGACUUUUUAUUUUCUUUUUUCUCCGUGUCGAAGACUUGAAAACGAACCGGAACCGGUUUGGCAGCAGAACACACCUGAGCCCAGUUUGUCUGACAGGCUCGUUGCCAUGCUGUCUUGGCCACGCCCCUCCCUCCAGCUCCUUCUUCUCCUCAUCCAACCAGCAGCGUCCUCCCUGUUGCCCGGCAACGCCACAGACGGAGUCCAGGAGGUCAUCGUGGCGGCCAUCUUGCCGCAGACGAACACGAGCUAUGCGUGGGCGUGGCCUCGCGUGGGCCCGGCGCUGCAGGCGGCGCUGGACCGGAUCAACUCGGACCCCUGGCUGCUGCCGGGCCUGAGCCUGCGGCUGGUCUACAGGAACUCCGAGGACCGCGACGGGCUCUGCUCGCACUCCAUGGCGCCGCUGGCGGCGGUGGACCUGCACAUGGACCACGAGCCCUGGGUCUUCCUCGGGCCCGGCUGCACCUACUCGUCCUCGCACGUGGCGCGCUUCACCGCCCACUGGGACGUCCCCAUGGUGACGGCCGGCGCCCAGGCCUGGGGCUUCUGGGAGCACGGCACCGUCACCAACACCGGCCCCACCCACAAGAAGCUGGGCCAGUUCGCGGCGCGGGUCCAGGACGCCUUCGGCUGGCGGCACCGCGCCGUCCUCCUCUACACCCGGGACACCGGGGACGACGGGCCCUGCUUCUUCGCCGCCGAGGGUCUCUACAACGUCCUGCUGGACCGGAACGUCUCCACCUACCACCACCAGCUGCACGACGUGGACUACCGGGCCCUGGUCCAGGACAUCCGGGACAACGGCCGAGUGGUCUACGCCUGCUGUUCCAGGGAUGUCUUCCGGACUCUCCUGGUCCAGUUUUGGAGGGACGGUGUGGACCUGAAGGACUACGUCUUCUUCUUCAUCAACCUGUUUGCAGACGGUCUGGAGGACCGGGGUCCCGUCCGGCCCUGGUUCCGGGGGGACUCGGAGGACCGUGCAGCCCGCCUGGCCUUCAGAAGCGUGAAGGUCCUGACGUACUACCAGCCCCCCACGCCGCAGUACCUGCAGUUCACCGAGGACCUGAAGAGGAACGCCAAGAAGAUGUUCAACUUCACCAUCACAGACUCCGUGGCCCUGAAUGAGACCCUGAGCCAGCAGAGACCGGGCCCCGGGCCGGUACCGAGGCCCAGAGGGGACACACUGACCCACAAGAUGUGGAACCGAAUCUUUCCAGGUGAGUGAAUCGCUCCACUGCUCGGUGUUAGCAUUCUGCGGAGCGGGCCGGAUGGACCGGAUGGAACCGGAGAGGAGGGUUUCACUGUUCAGAUGGAAGGUGAG